AUGAACGUCUCUACUCCAACUUUUCCAUGGCAUCUCAUGCCGACCAUGGACUCUCUCCCUUCUGCAGAGCAGUUCUCCACCAUCGAGAUGCACCCGCGCAAUAUAGUCGCAAGUCUCUUGGCCAUAGUGAUCAGCUUUUCUUACCUUCGAUCUGUUACGAAAAAGACUGGCCUUGAGCGCUUCCCCGGACCGUGGUAUGCGCCCUAUACGGCCCUGCAUCUGCGAUGGCUCUUCGCUCGUGGCACGAUCCACGAAUAUGUCGAGAAGAUGCACAAGCAGUACGGCGAUGUCAUCCGUUUGGGACCAAGACAGCUCUGGAUCUCUGAUAAGGGAGCUAUGAAGCAGAUUCUUCUCACGAUUGAUCUACCCAAGGUUACUAUGUAUGCUGAGAUCUCGAGAGACAGAAAAAGUCCCGGUCUCUUUGGAGAGAUCCGCCCCGUUCCCCACCGCAACCUCAAGAAGUUCCUCAGCCCAGCUUUUACUGUCUCUUCUGUAGACAAGCUAGACACGUUCUUCAAAGCGUGCACAUCGAUCUUGCUCAGCAACUACUACACUGAAGUCGACAAGGCUAUCGCUCAAGAUGCCAAGUCCAACCCCAACGGCGACUUCGAGACUGACCUUAUGCGUGACUUGCACUGUCUUGCGCUAGACAUCAUGGGCGAGUCGUCAUUUGGUAAGGGCUUCGGGCAGAUCGACAAGAUCUUCGAUCCCAGCAAGCUGUUGUCCGGCAGGGACAAGCGCUGGAGCAAGAUUCCCGACGCCAUCUUCAAUGGUCAGGCGAAGAGGUAUGGACUGGUCUUUGUGAAGAGAUUCCUCAGGCGCAUGGGAUAUGAGUGGGAGGUUGAUUGGCCCAAGGAGAUGACGUCUGCGAUUUGCGAACUCGUCGACGAACGCGCGGCAGCUCAGGGAGGACACGAGAACAAGAAACGCAUCGAUGUCCUCCAGCACAUGUUGGACGAGGGCGCGCGACCAGACACGGGAGAGCGUAUGUCGAACCAGGACAUCAUCGAUCAGAUGUCUGAGCUCCUUCUCGCUGGAUCGGAAACCACUUCUGGAACCAUGGCAUGCCUGUUUGUGGAACUCGCACGAACCCCCGCCGCUCUCGAAAAGCUACUCGCUUCUCUUCCCGUCCUUGGCCCCAAUGACCCCAUCCUAGACUCAAAGACGGUGCGCACAGACCCACAAUAUCGCUACCUCGAAGCCUGUCUGAAGGAGAACCUGCGUAUGAACCCCAUUGCCUCGGAACUGGGUCGCCGUACCACAGACCAAGGCCACAACAUCAACGGCAACGAGAUUCCGCCUUACACGAUUGUGUCGGCCAGCUACAGAGCGCUCCAUCGUGAUGAGAGGUACUGGCCUCAGGCGGAGAGGUUCUGGCCGGAGCGGUGGCUGGAAGGUGAGGAAAGAGAGGACGCACCCGAACCUGAUCUGGAUGCUUACUUUCCAUUCUCCAACGGCCGACACAAUUGUAUCGGACAAAACUUCGCAUACGCAGAGAUGCGCACAGUCUCGGCCAAUCUUCUUUCUCGCUUUGCUCUCGAGGAGGCUGGAUACCAGCAGAUCCAACUCCGGCAAUUCAUCACGAUGCAGUUCCAUGAUGGCAAGUGGAGAGUUGUGCUGAAGCCCCGCUGGAAGGAUGCUGCGAAGGCUUAA